CUGAGGCAAGUUUUCUUUCUCCAUCUUAGGGUUUUGAUUUCACUCGGCACUUUUAAUAAUACUCUCCCUGUUUGGUUGCUGCGGAAAUUGGCUGGGAAAAGAUUCGCUAUCUUUAUUUAUCCGAUUGGAGGCCAGUUCAAAAUGACAGAACCUUCCAAAGUCAUUCACGUCCGCAAUGUUGGGCAUGAAAUUUCAGAAAAUGAUUUGCUUCAGCUAUUCCAGCCUUUUGGAGUCAUAACUAAGCUUGUGAUGCUUAGAGCAAAAAAUCAGGCUCUUCUGCAAAUGCAGGAUAUUCCUUCAGCCAUCAGUGCUCUGCAGUUCUAUACAAAUGUUCAGCCAAGCAUAAGGGGAAGGAAUGUUUACGUUCAGUUCUCAUCACAUCAAGAAUUAACAACAAUGGAUCAAAAUUCUCAAGGACGAGGUGAUGAGCCAAAUCGAAUUCUCUUAGUUACAAUCCAUCACAUGCUAUAUCCUAUUACAGUGGACGUGCUUCAUCAAGUUUUUUCUCCUCAUGGAUUUGUGGAGAAGAUUGUCACGUUUCAGAAGUCAGCCGGUCAGCUUCUUCAAGUUUCCUUUCUGUCUCAUUUUCUAUUUUUCAAUUUUAACCCCACUAAACUUUAAAUGGGUGGUCAGAUGAACUUGACGCUUGCUUUUGUGGUACUUCAGAUUUCAUUGUUUCAUAAUUUAGUAAUAUGUCUAAAUUUUGGCUGACAGGUUGUCAGA